UUAAAAUGUAAACAAACUUUUGAACUAUUAUUUAUUUAUUUUUAGGCGUAAAUUCUAAGAGUAUACUUAUAUUUAAAAUUUCUGUUUAAUUGCCGUUUAAAAAAUAUCAGCAUGCCUUUACAGCAACAGCAAACAGAACCAGAGGAAGAGACAAAACCUGUUCCUAUUGACACUAAAAAGCAUGAACCUCCCUUCGGCACUAUAGACUGGCUCUAUUACUGGGCCCAGUUUGAAGGCCAGAUGCCGACACCUAUAGAUGUAUCUUUAACCGGCGCUAUGACCUAUUUGUGUCCGGAACUAAAAUGGUACAACUUUAAUGUGUAUGCUCACAAAAUAAAGUUGACCAACACCGGUUUUACCAUAUUACUAGGAGCAAAAUGGUUGACAGAACGUCCAUACCUUGAAGGUGGAUGCUUCAGGGACAAGCAUGUGAUAUCACAGGUCCAUUUCCACUGGGGAGCCAACAUGAUGGAAGGCAGUGACCACACAGUCGACAAGAGGCGGUACCCUGCAGAAAUGCAGGUAACAUAUUUCCGGGCUCAAUAUAUGACACAACAAGAGGCAUUAAAGUACGAAGACGGUGUUGUGGUUGUCUGCUACGUGAUAAAGUAUGGCGUAAACCCAGACGUGCGCUUGCAGCGUGUGAUUGACGGAUUCCCUCGAUGCCGGGCGGCCAGAACCACGACCCGCAUAGGGCCUUACCCCAUGUCGCUUCUAAUGCCGAUGUUUUAUGAAGACUACUUCCUUUACUGGGGAAGAUUGGAAACAGUAAGGGGAGAGAUCAAUACAGUCAGGUGGCUAGUACCGAGAGUGACGAUGUUUGCAUCUUUCGAACAGAUGAACGAGUUCCGUAAACUUUGGAACCCGUGGGACGAGCCCAACCUCGGCAACUUCAGACCACUGCAAGAACGGGGCAAGUUCUUCGUGCCUGAUGAUGACAACCCACCCGAAUUUUUAGACAGACACAUAUGGUCCAUAAAUCCUCAUUGGAACCUUUAUAAUUCCACUCUGCCCAUCCCAAGAGUACCCGAGAGAUCGAUCUCGAUAUUGUCACCAGAAUACAGAACCAAGUGGUGGAUGCUUCCGCCCCAAAACGAGUAUAUGAUUACCGAAAUGAUAAAUGAACAGGAGGGUGGAGAAAAUAAAGAGGCGACCGCUGCGUGAUAGUAAAACUUAUCUAGUAAUAAUGUGUAUGUGUAUUAAUAAUACCUAACCUACCUGCAAAUGUUGAAUACCUACUUGUGAACUCGUCGACGUAGGAACACAAUCCGCAUUCGAGUACCUAUGGAGUACCUAUCUUAUAUUAAAGGUAGGUUUAGUUUGCUACCUACCUGGUAAAACAAUCUAGCUAAACUUGACUGAAAAUAGGUGAAACAAACUUAGUGUUUCCAACGAAUAAUACAAUAUAAAUUAGGGCUGUAAAGUUUCUUUUUGAUUGUUAGUAAAGUUUCUGUUCUUAUUUUUAGCGCCAUCUGCAGCAUAUUCAGGUAACUAGGUAACUACUUACUUACGUAAAAAGUUGUGUGCUAUCCCUUUAAUAGAUGGCAACACAAAGUAGAUUAGAAUGUUGUCAUGGUAAAAAAUAUUCCACGUGAAUAGGAUAAAACUAGUAUUAUUAUGAUCUGUUGUAAAAUUGAAUAUUAUAAACACUACAUGACUACA